UGUUCAAUGCUCCUGACCUUCAGGAACUCCAUAACCAGAUGUCAUUCCACUGCUAAAUUCCCAUUUCCAUUCUCUCCAAGAAUCCAUUUUUCAACGACUUCCUUUGCUCAUAACCCAAACCCCGCAAAACCCCUCACGAAACCAGACCUGAAUUCCCUAGUUCUCUCCAAUUACAGCCAUGGCAACUUCCACAACCUCCUCCAGAAAGUCGUCGCAUGCCCUUCAGUCCUCUUCAGAGCUUGUCAGAAUCUCAAGCCCAAUUCCCCCGAGUCUAUUACUCUUGAUUCAGUCUCAGCCCAUUUCUUCUCCCUUGAAGAACUCUCGUCCCAGCUCAAAACUAACCAAUUCAAGAUUGAUUCUUGCUGCUUUACCAUCCCUCCAUCGUCCCACAAAGGUAACUCACUUGUUCUUCCCAAUUUGAAGCUUAAAGUUGUGAUUGAAGCCAUUCGAAUGGUUCUUGAAACUGUAUAUGAUGAUAGAUUUGUUACAUUUUCUUAUGGUGGCCGCGUGAAUAUGGGCCGGCAUACCGCGAUUCGGUAUCUAAAGAACUCUGUGGAGAAUCCCUCUUGGUGGUUUACUGUUUCGUUUAAUAGCAACGAAAUGUUUGAUGCAAAACAUGUUGAUAAGUUGUGUCUGAUUAUAGGGGAGAAAAUUAAGGACGAGUAUUUGGUUGAUAUGAUUAAGACGUUGUUUAAAUUGAAGGUGGUUAGGAUCGAGUUAGGAAGUUGUUAUUUAGGUAGAGGGUUUCCUCAGGAAUGUGGAUUGAGUUGCAUUUUGAUCAACAUUUACUUUAAUAGUUUUGAUAAGGAAAUUCAAGAAUUACGGCUUAAAACGAAAAAGGAGAAUCCGAAAUUUGAGGCUAAUGAGCUUGUCGCUGGAUCAGCUGACAGCGUUCAUUAUAAGCCGUUGAAGAUUUAUGUCGUUAGGUAUCUGGAUGAGAUAUUGGUGAUCACAUCGGGGACAAAAAUGUUGACUAUGGAUUUGAAGAGUAGGUUUAUUAAGUAUUUGGAGGAGCAUUUGGGUUUGCAGGUUGAUAGAGGGAGAACGGUUAUUCAUAGCGCGGUUUCUGAGAAGAUUGAUUUUUUGGGGAUGGAACUUCAGGCUGUCACGCCUUCAGUUUUGCAUCCAGCUCCAUCAGAAAAGGCUAUUAGGGCUCGAAAGAAGUACCUCAGGCAGAAAGAAGUGAGACUUUUGGAAUUGAGAAAUGCUAAGGAGAGAAAUAGGAAAAAGUUGGGGAUGAAAAUAAUGAGCCAUGUGUACAAGAAGUUAAAACAUAGUGAUGGGUUCAAAUUCGAGUUUCAGAUCGAGAAUGAAGUAAACCAGAUUUUUAGAACUUGGGCAGACGAAAUGGUGCAAGAGUAUCUGCAAUCUGUGGAUGAAAGAUGGGAAUGGCACCGUAUGCUGUCAGCUGGUGAUUUCCUCUCCUUGAAAAGGAUUAGAGACCAAUUGCCCCAAGAACUUGUGGAUGCUUAUGACAACUUUCAGGAGCAGGUCGACAAGUAUUUGAAGCCAGUGAAAGCGAAGAAGGCAUUGGAGGAAGAAGAAAGGAGAGCAGAGGAAGAAGAGGAACGAAAAUAUGCUGAAAGAACUAUCAAGGAUUUGACAACACUACGGGUUAAAGUUGAUGCACCCAUAGAACUGAUUAGGAAAGCUGUUAAGAUGGCUGGUUUUACCAAUCAUAUGGGUCGUCCUAGGCCAAUUAGCUUACUCAUGGUUCUUCAAGAUACUGAUAUCAUCAAGUGGUAUGCUGGCAUUGGAAGAAGAUGGCUUGAUUUCUUUUGCUGCUGUCACAACUUCAAGAUGGUAAAAACUGUUGUAACUUACCAUCUGAGGUUCUCAUGUAUCUUGACCUUAGCAGAGAAGCAUGAAUCUACUAAACGUGAAGCUAUGAGGCAUUACACUAAGGAUCUGAAAGUGUCUGACCUCGAUGGAGCUGAAGAAAUUCAUUUCCCUACAGAAAGAGAGGUGAAGAUGAUGGGAGAUAAGAAUCUCUCGGAUCCUUGGCCUGUGGACGGCCCCUUGACAACAGCUUUGAUUAAACUGGCUUCUGAUGAGCCUCCGUACCGUUGUGUGGCUCAUUUCUGUGAUAGAACAGAGACAACUGUCUACCGGAUUCGGUUAUUGCAAAACCAUCUCAACGAGAGAGCAAUGGAUGGAAAAAAUUGUCAUUCAGGGAUUGGCUCAAUUCAUGAUAGUCUGAAUAGGAAAUGCAUUCCCCUUUGCUCUGAACAUAUAAGCGAGUUAUAUAUGGGUAGACUAACACUGCAAGACAUUGAUUGUACUUCUUUUGUUGCCGAUUGAAUUGAUUACCUUCGGUCA